AUGAUAAGUCGUUAUGUCAACAAAUAUACGGACAUAAUCUCGAGCCACUUAGCACCACGAUUCAUAAAAUUCCCACAAACACAAGCUGAAAUUGACGCGACGAAAUUACGUUUUGAAGCCCAAUUUAAUGUUCCCGGCUUGCUAUCCAUUGUCGAUGGCACUCAUGUGGCAAUUUCGGCCAUGUCUCGUGAAGUUGAACAUGCUUUCGUGAAUAGAAAGGGCUUCCAUUCAAUUAAUGUCCAGAUCGCUUGUGACGCUCGAAUGGUCAUCACGAAUAUAAACGCCAGAUAUCCAGGUUCAACGCAUGAUUCAUUUAUUUUUCUGGCCAGUCGACUGUACACAUUCCUCAGGAAUUUGUAUGAACGAGAUCCACACGAUCUGAACAUCAUUAUUGGCGAUUAUGGAUAUCCGCUCUUGCCAUUUCUCAUGACGCCGUUUGAGGGUGAUAACUUGACCAUGAAUCAAACAAUUUAUAAUGAUCUCGUUGUAUCUACGCGUACAUUGAUCGAGAGAACUAUUGGCUUGUUGAAGACUCGGUUUCGAUGCAUUAUGGGUGAACGCCAAUUGAGAUACCAUCAAACAAAAGUCAGUAAAAUCGUUCAUGCUUGUGCCACACUUCACAAUUUUCUCAUUCUGAAUGGUUUCGAUAUAUUCAAUGACAUUGAUCCACUCGAUUUGGCUGCAGUAGUCAAUAAUAAUCAAAUUGGAAAUCUUAACGUGAACGCAAAUUUAAAUUUAGUAGCCAAUCGCAUGUCAGGGGAACACCGUCGGAAUCAAUUGGCAAAUGAGUUAGCCUUACGAAUGCAAAUAAAUUAA